GUCGUCGUCGUCGUCUCUCUCUCUCUCUUCGUUUUUCUCUCUCUCUCAAACACACACGCAUAAGGACGCAGAGCUCACACACUUCCAGGACAAUACUCAAAGAGGAAAGUCUGAAAGGGAGGCGGAAAUCUAGGGAGGAUUGUUGGAAGGAAAAUCAUGCACCUUGUAAAUGCGGCGGCGUUGGUGACGAUGGCGGUAAGGAAUAGCGGCGGGGGCGGCGGAGUGUUGGGAGCGGAGAUAGAGUUCGGUACGGUGUGGUGGUUCGUGUACGCGGGUGUGUCGUGCGUGUUGGUUCUGUUUGCGGGGAUUAUGUCGGGGCUGACAUUGGGUCUCAUGUCUUUGGGCCUCGUGGACCUUGAGAUCCUACAGCGGAGCGGCACUCCGACUGAGAAGAAGCAGGCUGCUGCAAUACUUCCAGUGGUUCAGAAGCAGCACCAGCUUCUUGUGACAUUGCUUUUGUGUAAUGCCGCUGCAAUGGAGGCCCUUCCAAUAUACCUCGAUAAACUUUUCAAUCAAUAUGUUGCCAUUAUACUAUCAGUCACUUUUGUUUUAGCAUUUGGAGAGGUUAUCCCUCAAGCAAUAUGCACCAGAUAUGGACUUGCGGUGGGUGCUAAUUUUGUAUGGCUUGUUCGUAUUCUGAUGAUCAUUUGCUAUCCAAUUGCUUACCCAAUUGGCAAGAUUUUAGAUUGUGUUCUGGGACAUAAUGAGGCGCUGUUUAGACGAGCUCAGCUGAAGGCUCUUGUUUCUAUUCACAGCCAGGAGGCUGGCAAAGGCGGUGAACUCACACAUGAUGAAACAACAAUUAUUAGCGGAGCGCUUGAUUUGACGGAAAAGACUGCUGAGGAGGCCAUGACCCCUAUUGAGUCAACAUUUUCACUGGAUGUGAACUCAAAGCUAGACUGGGAAGCAAUGGGUAAGAUUCUGGCCCGUGGUCAUAGUCGAGUUCCUGUCUAUUCUGGGAACCCAAAGAACAUUAUUGGACUUCUACUGGUAAAGAGUCUCCUAACAGUGAGAGCAGAAACAGAGACCCCAGUUAGUGCUGUUUCCAUUCGGAGAAUUCCACGUGUUCCUGCAGAUAUGCCCCUAUAUGACAUCCUCAAUGAGUUUCAGAAAGGUAGCAGUCAUAUGGCAGCUGUGGUGAAGCCAAAAGGGCAAAACAGAAUACCUCCAUCUAUUAUAGAGAAGUCUGAAGAGAAUGAAGUUACAAAUGGGAAUUCAGACUUAAGUACUCCACUGCUAUCAAAGAAAGAAGAGAAGCCAGAAAGCAUCGCCAUUGACAUAGAGAGGGUUCCAAGGCCACCCUCCAAACCUAACCUGAUUUACAGUGAUGUGGUCACGAACGGACCUACCCCUUCUUCAGAUGACUCAGAAGAUGGUGAAGUGAUUGGCAUUAUCACCUUGGAAGAUGUAUUUGAAGAACUUUUGCAGGAGGAAAUUGUUGAUGAGACGGAUGAAUUUGUUGAUGUACACAAAAGGAUACGUGUGGCUGCAGCUGCAGCUGCUUCAUCAGUUGCACGUGCCCCAUCAGUUAGGAGGUUGACGGGCCAGAAAGGAGCUGGAGGCCAAAACAAGCAAGGACAGCCACCGAGAAAACCAGGUGACGACGACUCGACCUCAGCAAGAUUACAGAGCAACAUCGGUGAGUCUCUUCCGGGAAACAAGAGAUAAAAAUACUUAAAAAGUUUUGUGCCAAACCCCCAGAGAGGCAAGGUAACGACCUAGUCUUCCUGAAGGAGCGAAGACCCUUAACCUGUGCAAUAGUGUUAUUCUUCAUAUGUUCACUCAAAAUUUUGCAAUAUAUAUAGAAUUGGGGUUUGCCGAGUGCAAUACUGCUUCGAUUCAUUAGUUCUAGCAUAGUACUUGUAUAUAUCUUACUCACGACUGCUGAAACCAUCAUAUAUACUUUGAAGUAUUAUUUUCUGGGAGUAUCUGAACUACAUGUGAAACGAUAAAUAAUUGAGCUCCGGUUUACAUCUUUA